CUGAUAUGUGCCGAGGCAAUGCCACUCGUCGACAGCUAGACGUGGGUCCACCCAGUCCGCACAAAAACAUCAGGAAUGUAAAUGUUUGAUGUUUCAGGAGUCUACCCAUCCAAAAAGAAGAUUGGCACGUUCACAGAAAUCAACCACUGCAAGAGACUGAUAAGUGACUUGGAGCGUAAACUGAGUCCAGGUCGGUAUGAGGUGGACACAGGGGACUUCAGCCCUCAGGUAGUCCAGAGCAGGGCCAGGGGACCAGGGUGGAAGAGGGGGCAGGAGAUGGCCCAGCAGGCUCAGAUGCCCCACCUGCUGUAUAGAGACACAUGGUUGACCAACCGCCUACUGAGAAGCAGGGUAGGCCCAGGGAGGUAUGACAUCCAGGACUUCACAGAGCUCUGUAAGAAGCCGUACAGUGUGAGAGGAGUGUGUGACAGCAGGGAGGAGAGGUUUAAAGACUUAAUGAAGAAGCAAACUACUCCAGGCCCAGGGGCUUAUGGGAAGGGGGGCAUCCCGUCUGGGCUGCUGGAUGAGAGGAGGAGGAAGCCGAUUGGCUCCUGUCCCAUGAUGGACUUCAGUGCUGGAGUGGAACGCUUCCCAGACCUCAUAGUGGACUCUGGUCUGUGUCCUGGUACCUACAACUUACCGACCUUCACUGAGGUGCUUCUCAGUCGCCACAUCAGCAAACGAGGACCCUACGACCUCUUCACUGGAGACUGAAGAAGAAGAAGACAUGCACAUAGCUUCUGAUGCCAUCUGAUGGACAUAAAGACAUACAUCUAUAAUGGCCAUGCUCCUCUAAAGCACCCAUCAUUCAGAUAGAUGACACCGUCAACGGAUUCCUUUUGCAUCAGUGUUGUUGGUUAACUAGAAGCGCCGCAACCAGAGAGACGGUACGUCUGAUCAGCUGCCUGAUAGGGGCCACAUUAAGGGCCAUACAUGCAGAUUCUAAUCACAUUAACAUUCCUGAAUAAAUAACCCCAGGGAAUGUUACUCUGGAGACAAUCAGCAGGAUUUUCCUUUUAAUGCCCAGAAGAGAAUAAUGAGUAGGAUGGGAUACCUCCAGUACAGUCCACAGCCCCAGAUUAGGAGCUAGGACCAGGGGUGAAUUCCACGAGUGAAAAUGUUCACAACACUGCAGAUAGAAAUGUAACAAAUAGAGUCAACUCAUGAUGUCCUAUUGUUCUUCACAGACAACCAUAUACAGUGCAUUUGGAAAGUAUCCACAUUUUGUUAUAUUACAGCCUUAUUCUAAAAUGUC